AUGCUCAAGAAGCGCAAGCACGACAUGAUCGUCAAGCCCGUGCCAAAGCGUGCGGGCCCACCGAGCCAGCAGUGGCGGCCAUCGCUGCCACCCGAGAUCGACCAAGCCUACGUCGAGACGCAGACCAAGUUCAGCCGCCUCGCGCUGGGCCGUGACCCACCAUAA